AUGCAGGAGGUCAAGGAUCUGUGCAGUGCACUUGAGAACAACACCAGGCUGAAUGACUUCACGGCCACCAGCCAUUCGUUGUCUGUGGAGGACGCAGAACAGUUUGCUGGAGUCUUGCGCAGCAACAGCACGUUGCAGAGCCUGUCUCUGGGCACUUCAUCCUUCGGCAAUGAAGCUCUCUCAGCCCUGUCUGGAGGAUUAUCAGGGAACACGGGCCUGCAAAAGCUGGACUUGCACAGCAAAGGUGUUGGCGCCCCAGGAUUGCGGGCCCUACAGCAGGCCAUCGCUGCUGGCACCGGCCUGGACCAUCUGACCUUGUCCGGCAACAGUCUUGGUGAUGAAGGCGCAGCAGCUGUGGCUGCGGCCAUCCCUUUCAUACGCGAGGUGGACCUGCAUGACUGUGAGAUAGGGGCAAGCGGGGCGAGGUCCUUUGCAGCAGCUUUUGAGGAUGCGAGGGAUGCAUUGGAGGCGGAGGCUAGCGGUGGGGUGGCAUCAAAUGCAGAGAUCAAUGGGAGGGCGGCUGGGCCAGCACGGAAGAUCCGGCUGCAGGUUCUACGACUGGACGGCAACCCACUCGGCUUCAGCGGCACCAGCGCCUUGAAGCCACUGCUGUCCCAGCUCAAGGAGCUGCACCUGGGCCGGGCAGCCCUGGGAGAUGAAGGUGCGGCAAGUCUGGCAGCGGCGAUGCCGUCCUCGUCUCCACUGGAGCUGCUGGACGUCAAUGACAAUGACAUUGGGCCCACGGGAGCAGCUGCGCUGGCGGAGGCUCUGGAGAGGGGGCUGCAGCUGAAGGUCCUGCGCAUGCGCGGCAAUCGCAUUGGGGACGAGGGCGCUGCUGCGCUGGGGCGCGCCCUCGCGAAGGGGCCCCUGCUGCAGGAGCUGGAUGUGGGCGGCAACCAGAUGGGGACAGGAGCGGCAGAGUUGCUGGGGAGCGCGCAGAAGCUGCGCAAGCUGAGCCUGUUUGACAGCCAUCUGGGGGACGAGGGGGCGUGCGUUGUGGCGGACAGGCUCUCGGCCGCCAGCUUUGUGCAGCUGAUGGAGCUGGAGCUGUCUGCAUGCCGCAUUGGCACCGUCGGCAUGGUCCGCCUCUUCGACGUGCUGGAGUCCCAGGCAGCCCCUGCUCUGGAGAUGCUGGUGAUCGGAGGGGGCAACCCAGCGCUGGAGGAGGAUGGGUUCCAGGGGAGGGUGGAGGCUUUGCGUGCAGCGCGCCCCGAGCUGGACGUUGCAUGGAGGGCGGGAGACUCUUCAUCUGUGCAGCAGCUUGGCGGUGCACCAGUGGUCGACCUGGAUGCAGAGCUGCGCGAGGCUUAG